AUGGAGGAGAUUCGUGCCCGUCACAAUUUCGAAGGGUGCUUGGUGGUGGAUAGUGUUGGUAGAAGUGGAGGACUCUGUAUGUUGUGGAAGUCCAACACUUCUUGUACUCUCAUCGGUUACUCUCGCAAUCACAUAGACUUACACAUUAUGGAUGUUAAUGGUGAGUGGAGGCUCACUGGUUUUUAUGGAUUCUCGGAAAGACACAAACGACGGGAUUCAUGGAAUUUACUUCGACGUCUUGCUGGAAUCAGCUCUCUCCCUUGGUUUAUUAUUGGCGACUUCAACGAUCUCCUUGACCCGGGAGAUAAACAGGGUCGUGUUCACCACCCGAACUGGCUCUUCGAGGGCUUUCGCUCAGCUACUCUUGACUGUGGCCUCUCUGACUUACCGCUGCAUGGUUAUCCAUUCACUUGGUCGAGGGGUUUGAACUCUAAUAAUUUCGUGGAGGAAAGGUUGGACCGCGGAAUGGCCUUUACGCCCUGGAAGACCUUGUUCCCUAAUGCUACUCUCUGUUCUUUGUUAGCUCCAAUGUCGGACCACACUCCGAUUCUUCUGAAAUGCCAAGGUCUCCAGCCUCCCGCUCAUCACAAGAGAUUCUGGUUUGAAAACAAAUGGUGCUUGGAACCGAAUUUUCCCCAUAUUGUCUGUGAUUGUUGGACAAAUCUCCGUGGGAUAACGAUCACGGAGCGUCUCACAGCUGUAUCUGAUUCAAUCUCCACGUGGGCUGCUCACCUCCGUCGCAAUGAGCAGGCUGAUAAGACACGACUGCAGAAGAAGAUUCAGUCGCUCCAAGGUCGACACGAUACUUUAUCUAUGCAACAAAAGCAAAGUGCUCGAAAAGAGUUGGCAGCCGUUUACCUUCGGGAGGAAACUCAUUGGAAACAACAAGCAAAACAGCAUUGGCUCAAGGAUGGUGAUUACAACUCAUAG